CCAUGAAUUGCUCCGAGAGCGCCCGGCGAGGCUGCGCCGCGGCCGCGGGCUCCGGGCACGAUGCAGAAGAGCGUGCGGUACAACGAGGGGCACGCCCUGUACCUGGCGCUGCUGGCCCGCAAGGAGGGCACCAAGCGCGGCUACCUCAGCAAGAAGACGGCGGAGACCAACCGCUGGCACGAGAAGUGGUUCGCCCUCUACCAAAACGUGCUCUUCUACUUCGAGGGCGAGCAGAGCGCCCGCCCCGCCGGCAUGUACAUGCUGGAGGGCUGCAACUGCGAGCGGGUGCCCGCUCCCAAGGGAUGCGCCGCGGGCAGCGCCAAGGAUGCCGCGCUGGACAAGCAGCAUUAUUUUACUGUUCUCUUUGGCCAUGAGGGGCAGAAGCCACUGGAGCUGCGUUGUGAGGAUGAGGUUGAUGGAGACGAGUGGGUAGAAGCUAUUCACCAAGCAAGCUACUCGGACAUCCUGAUCGAGCGGGAGGUGCUGAUGCAGAAGUACAUCCACCUGGUGCAGAUCGUGGAGACCGAGAAGGUGGCGGCCAACCAGCUCCGGCACCAGCUGGAGGACCAGGACACGGAGAUCGAGAGGCUCAAGUCAGAGAUUGUAGCACUGAAUAAAACAAAGGAAAAAAUGCGACCUUAUCAAGGCAACCAGGAAGAUGAAGAUCCAGAUAUUAAAAAAAUUAAGAAGGUUCAGAGCUUUAUGCGGGGCUGGCUGUGCAGAAGAAAAUGGAAAACCAUUGUCCAAGACUAUAUUUGUUCUCCUCAUGCAGAGAGCAUGAGGAAGAGGAACCAGAUAGUUUUCAACAUGGUGGAGGCUGAGUCUGAGUACGUGCACCAGCUUUAUGUCCUGGUGAACUGCUUCCUGCGGCCCCUGAGGAUGGCAGCGAGCUCCAAGAAGCCGCCCAUCAGCCACGACGAUGUCAGCAGCAUUUUCCUCAACAGUGAAACAAUCAUGUUUCUUCAUGAGAUAUUUCACCAGGGCUUAAAAGCAAGAAUAGCUAACUGGCCUACCUUAAUUCUAGCUGACUUAUUUGACAUUCUGCUGCCAAUGCUGAACAUAUAUCAAGAAUUUGUUCGGAAUCAUCAAUAUAGCCUACAAGUGCUGGCAAACUGUAAGCAAAACAGAGAUUUUGACAAACUCUUGAAGCAAUAUGAAGCCAACCCAGCAUGUGAGGGCAGAAUGCUGGAAACUUUCCUUACCUACCCCAUGUUUCAGAUUCCCAGAUAUAUUAUAACACUUCAUGAACUUUUGGCUCACACACCACACGAACACGUUGAGAGAAAAAGCCUUGAAUUUGCUAAAUCUAAACUAGAGGAACUUUCAAGAGUGAUGCACGACGAGGUGAGUGACACAGAGAACAUCCGGAAGAACCUGGCCAUAGAGAGGACCAUAGUGGAGGGCUGUGACAUAUUGCUAGAUACCAGCCAAACCUUUAUACGCCAAGGUUCCCUUAUCCAGGUCCCCUCAGUUGAGAGGGGAAAGCUGAGUAAAGUUCGCCUGGGCUCAUUGUCUUUGAAGAAAGAAGGAGAAAGACAAUGCUUCUUGUUUACAAAACACUUCUUAAUUUGUACAAGAAGUUCAGGAGGAAAACUGCAUCUUCUUAAGACAGGAGGUGUUCUGUCUCUGAUAGAAUGCACUCUGGUCGAGGAGACAGAAGCGAGUGAUGAUGAUUCAAAAGGCUCUGGGCAAGUGUUUGGACACUUGGAUUUCAAGCUGAUAGUGGAGCCCACGGAUGCUCCUCCUUUCACUGUUGUCCUUUUGGCCCCAUCACGGCAGGAGAAAGCUGCGUGGACAAGUGACAUCAGCCAGUGCAUUGAUAAUAUAAGGUGCAAUGGAUUAAUGACAAUAGUGUUUGAAGAAAACUCCAAAGUCACAGUGCCACAUAUGAUCAAAUCCGACGCCCGUCUUCACAGAGAUGACAUUGAUAUUUGCUUCAGCAAAACGCUGAAUUCCUGCAAAGUGCCCCAGAUCCGCUAUGCGAGCGUGGAGCGCCUCCUGGAGCGGCUGACGGACCUGCGGUUCCUGAGCAUCGACUUCCUCAACACCUUCCUGCACACCUACCGCAUCUUCACCACCGCCGCCGUGGUCCUGGAGAAGCUCUCUGACAUCUACAGGCGCCCCUUCACCUCCAUUCCUGUCAGGUCCUUGGAGCUGUUCUUUGCCACCAGUCAAAACAACAGAGGGGAGUACCUGGCUGACGGGAAGUCGCCACACCUCUGCCGCAAGUUUUCCUCUCCUCCUCCCCUGUCCCUCUCCAGGACCUCCUCGCCCGCCAGGACCCGCAAGCUCUCCCUGACGUCCCCGCUGAACUCCAGGAUCGGCGCCCUGGACCUCUCAGCCUCGUCUGUGGCCAGCAGUCCUACCUCAAGCUACAGCCCGGCCACGUCGCCGCCGCCCACGGGCAGCAAGGCGCCGCUGGACCUGAGCCGGGGGCUGUCGUCCCCCGAGCAGAGCCCGGGCUCGGCCGAGGACAGCCUGGAGAACCCGCGCCUGGACCUCUGCAACAAGCUGAGGAGGAGCAUCCGCAGAGCAGCAGUUCUGGAAACCGUGUCAGUGGACAGGACCAUUCCUGAGAGCGCCUCAGUGGUGGACACUGCAGAGCUGUCCCCGUGCAGGUCCCCUUCGACGCCGCGUCACCUGCGCUACCGGCAGCCGGGAGUGCAGACUGCUGACAACAGCCACUGCUCGGUGUCUCCUGCUUCUGCUUUUGCCAUUGCCACAGCAGCAGCCGGGCACGGGAGCCCACCAGGGUUCAACAACUCGGAGCGCACGUGCGACAAGGAGUUCAUCAUCCGCAGGGCCGCCACCAACCGCGUCCUCAACGUGCUGCGCCACUGGGUCUCCAAACACUCACAGGAUUUUGAGCUGAACAACGAGCUGAAAAUGAAUGUGUUAAAUUUGCUGGAGGAAGUUUUGAGAGACCCUGACCUUCUGCCACAAGAAAGGAAAGCCACUGCAAACAUACUGAGGACUCUUUCUCAGGAUGAUCAAGAUGAUAACCAUUUAAAAAUAGAGGAUAUCAUUCAGAUGGCAGACUGCCCCAAGCCCGAGUGCUUCGAGACGCUGUCGGCCAUGGAGCUGGCGGAGCAGAUCACCCUGCUGGACCACGUCGUGUUCCGCAGCAUCCCCUACGAAGAGUUCCUUGGGCAGGGCUGGAUGAAAAUGGAUAAAAAUGAGAGAACGCCCUAUAUUAUGAAAACUAGUCAACAUUUCAAUGAUAUGAGCAACCUGGUGGCCUCUCAGAUCAUGAGCUACGCGGACGUGCCCUCGCGGGCCAGCGCCAUCGAGAAGUGGGUGGCGGUGGCCGACAUCUGCCGCUGCCUGCACAACUACAACGGCGUGCUGGAGAUCACCUCGGCCCUCAACAGGAGUGCCAUCUACAGGCUCAAGAAAACCUGGGCAAAGGUGUCCAAACAGGUGAGAGGCACUCGGCCACGGCAGGUUCUUGUAUUUGCUGCAAUGCCCAUCGCUGGAAGGAGGGAUGAAUCUGACUCCGUGUUCUCAGAAGGCUAA